GCCGAAUAGAAAAUGGAAAACGAAGAGAACAUUGCGAAAGAAACUGCGAUGAUGACGGUUCUCAUAGCCAUGUUCGUCCUUGGGUUCGUUGCAGGAGCAGAGCAAACCGAUGGUCAUCCUCAUUCAUCCGCGUAUGAUGUCACGUGGUCACCGCGCGGUCUUUCGUCAACAAUCCCACCUCUUCAUCCGUCGGACGGCGUGUUCCCGACACAGUGGUGCAACCCCCGGCCACAGCACCUCAAGGCCGACAAAGGGAUCCUCUUUCUCAAGCGCAACCUGUUCGCCGGCGCCGUGCUGCCCGCAGACACCAAGCUGGGCCACGUCAGGGGGACAGGCACCCCCAGCACGGUCACCGGCACAGACCCCGUGCCGCCGCCGUUCGCCUACGGCAAUCUCGGAGACAUACUGGCUUACUACAGCAUAACGCCGGGCUCGGAGCAGGCCCGGCAGGUCGCCAGCACGCUCCGGUUCUGCGGCCGCAGCGACGCACGAGGCGGCGACCAGCCGGAAAAACCACACGUCUGUGCCACCACAGAGCAAGAGGCCAUGGAGUUCGCCGCCGCGGCUCUGGGAGCGGCGUCGGCGGAGCCGCUCAGGACGGUCGUGCACGGGCGCGAGGAGCCGCACAGGUACAAGGUGGCACACGGCGGCGUCGCCGGCAUUGCCGGCGCGGUCGUGCCGUGCCACCCGCUGCCGUACCCGGCGGACGUGCUGUCAAGGUUUUGGUUACCGAAUGAGGCAAUUUUACCGAGGGAGACGGGUAAAUGUGGUUACCACGGUUACCGAGAAAUACCAAAAAAUACCGAGAAUAUUUCAAGCGAAUUUUAUAGUUGAAUUUUGAAUUCAAAUAAGUGGAUGAACGAAUAUUCAAACCA